AUACUGCCCGUGGCUGGCGUUCCCAAGUUACAUACUUCAGAGAGGCAGUGCUCAUUAUUACCUGCAGUGUUAACGCUGAUUUUUUGUCAUCGCUUAAGAAUGGAGGUACGUGGUCCUCGGAGGAACCCCAGCUACCUCUCUGAUCUCUAUCAGAACAUGUUACGGGCUGAAGAAGCACCGGGACGAGGGCAGCAACAGCCCCCAGCAGUCCAUACAAGUAGCAGCAUGACUCUUCAGAGCAGUACCCCAGCGAAGGGAGGCCCCCAGCCAAAUAAGCUUCAGAGUACCCCUUCCUCCAGCUGUGAUCCAGCGUUACGGCCUAUCAUACGCCGUCGAGCGAGAUCUUUGCCUACAUCGCCCGAAAGAAGGAAGCGGGCAGCAGUGCAGUGUCAAGUUCCUGGAUGCCAGAAUCGUAUGAACCGGGUGAGAUUUGCUGAUGCUUUGGGCUUGGAGCUCACUGAAGUGAAAGUCUUCCAGACUGGGGAAGAUCCAUCGAUCCCCUUGCAUGUCCUUUCCAGGCUCUCCAUAAACUCAGACCUCUGGUACAGCAGCUCGGACUUGGAGUUUACCAUGCAGUGCUUGGUCCCUGACUUCCAGCAGCCUGCAGACUGUAUGGAUUUCUCCUCCCGCCUCCAGGAGCAGCAGGUGUGUCUUGAACGAGUGACCAGCUCAGAUUUGGGACUCAGUGGCACCAUCCAGGUUCGCAAUGUUGCUUUUGAGAAGCAGGUAUCUGUGCGAUACACCUUCAACCAGUGGAAAAGCCUCCAUGAAGUGUGUGCUCAUUGGCACAGUAGCAUCCCUGAGAAAAACGGGCAGGGUCAGGUUGAUGUUUUCACUUUCUUUCUCCCUGUGCCUCCUUUUCUCCUUCAGCUGUGCUCUGUAGUCCAGUUUGCAGCAAGGUACCAAGUCAAUGGCCGGGAGUAUUGGGAUAACAACAGAGGCAAAAACUACACUCUUACCUGCCGGACUCACCCCCUUAAGAUGCCUAGAGAAUGUGAGGAGAGCUGGAUCCACUUCAUCUGA